CGUGAUCAUCCUCUCUUGCAACAGUCGCGUAGCGUCCCAUUCUCCACCAGCUUCCUCACCUCUCUCGUCGUAUCCACGCCCACGGGCCCCCAACAGCCCCGUAGACCAAGUCUUCCACGCUACCGACUUCGACUCCGCACACAAACGCUUCACAAUGGGGUCAAAGGCCAGCAAGCUCUCGCCGAAGAACGGCAAGCUGCAGUCGUCGCAGGAGAAGAAGGACAAAGAGGAGAUGAAGGAGCCGACGAAUUACUACACACAUAGGAGUAAGAGUAUGAGGAGGAAGGCGGGCAAGGAGUCUUCUGGGGAUGGUGCUGGGGGUGUUAGUAUGGGUUCUGGUGGUGCUGGUGGUGCGAUAUAAGAAGUGGCAGGCUGAGGGAUUUCACAUCUUAGCAUCAACAUGGUCUGGCGUUGUCAACGGCAUUUAAUUGGGCGAUACUCGCUGCUUUUACUGCAUCUAGCACGGCUAUUACAUCACGAACUGUCGCUUUCUCACGGGCAUGUAUAUAUCAACACGCUCAGGUAAAGUUAUUCGCAAAACUCACCCUUCAAUUCAGCGUUGCCAACGGGACGUAUACGGCUACGGUGAGGAGGCAAGAAAGAAGGUACGUGUCAAACAGGACACUCGGUUUUCAAGACACUGCGGCAUGUGUGGCGAGGCAGGGUACAACGCGCGAACGGGUAAGGAUGAUGCGCAAGGUACUCUAGAGUAGAUCGAUAUACUGUAGCGCACAGUAGGACUUGUUUCUGUACUGUGGUGUUGCAAAGUAGCUAUGGUGUUCGUGAGUCUUGGUUAAGUAGGUAGGUACCUACCGGUAUACUUUAAAAUAUAC